AUGUCGGGAGGAAACUAUCGUGGCAGAGGUGGAGCAAGAGGUGGAGCAAGAGGUGGAAGAGGUGGAGCAAGAGGAGGUAGAGGAGACUCCAGAGGUGGUAGAGGUGGCGGUAGAGGCGGUAGAGGUGGAAGAGGAGGAAGAGGUGGCUUUGGCGGUGGGUUUGAUGCUUCUGAUGCUCAAGUUAUCAAACCUGAAUAUAACUUCAAGCCUGAAUACGAAUCUGAGGUGACUCAGCCAGAUCCCCUUCCAAAGAUCCAGGAUCUUAUUGUUGCUGAGGAAAAAGAAAGAAAGCCCGAAGACCCGUACCAAUUAGUUAGAAGACCAGGCUUUGGUUCUGUUGGUAUCAAAACAAAGGUUGGUACCAACUAUUUGAAAUAUCAGAUUACUGGUAUGUCAUUUUGGUACUAUAAUGUUACUUUCCAGUCCGAAAUCAACACGAAGAAGAAAAUGAAACAAGAUCUGCUGGAAAUAUUAUUGAAUAAAAGUCCAUUCCAGGGGCUGAAGUCCAAAAUAUCACACAAUGGCUCAGAUGCAUUGUAUUCCAGCGCACCUUUGCCGAUUAGCAAAGAGGACGAAAAGGUACGUUUUGACUUUGAGCCUGAAGAAUAUAGAGGGGUUAUUUCUUCCACUGUGCUUACAACUCUCAAGAGUAGCGGAAAAAAGAAAGGCAACUCUGCGGAUGAAGAUCCGCAAGUAUACUGCACAGUUGAGUUUAUUCACAAAUUGAACAUGGAUGAUCUCAACAACUGGGUGCAAAUCAACGACAAAAAAAAUAUCGAGCCAAACGCAUAUAUCUCUGCGCUCAAUGUUGUGUUGGGCUAUCAAAUUUCAAAUUGUUCUAACGUAUUUAUGGCUGGGAAAAGCCGAUUUUUCUUUGUUGACCAUCCCGAGAAGUGCCAGUCAUUCCAGAAGGGCUUAUACAUUGCAAGUGGUUACUAUGCAUCCGUUCUACCAUCUUUUGAUAAUGUGAUGAUUAAUAUCAGGCCUGUGGCAGGUGCUUUCAUUAAAUCACACAACAAAGAUGGCUCUCCAAUGUCUGUUGCUGACUUAAUUGCAGACUACUUUGGUGAAACAGAUUUAAGAAAAGUUUCAUCAAAUGAAAUUAUGUCCCAAAAAUGGUUUUUUAAAGGAAUUAAAAUUCAGAGAACUUAUUUGGGUCAUAAAUCCAAGCCUAAGGGAAUAUUCGACAUUAGUAAGUCAGAAACUGCUAACAAUUACAAAUUUGACUGCGAUGGUAAGCAAACAUCAGUUGCUCAGUAUUUUGAGAGUAAAUACAAUUUCAAGCUAAAAUAUGGAGACGCUCCAUUGGUUCAUCUAGGUGGCUCUAAUUACGUUCCAAUGGAAGCGUGCAUGAUUUUACCUGGUCAAGAAUUCAAGGGAGAAAUUACAGAUGUUAAGGGUGUUUUGAGUUUCAGUACCCACAGGCCCCAUGUUAUUGCUGGCUUAGUCCAGCAAGAUGGUGUUAAAAAGUUGACGAGCUCGAUUAAUCCAGAAGAAUCUAAGAGGAUAGGUACCAAGUUGGUCGUUGUGCCCUCGAGAGUUCUUUCCGCUCCCGUCUUAGAGUAUAAGAAUGCCAAGAUUAUAUUUACAGAGAAACAAGCCGAUGGUAAAUCUGAGAAAGCUAAAGGCUCUUGGGAUCUGAUUAACAAGCAGUUUUAUGAACCAGUAAAAGGGGUUAAAAAACUGACUGUCUUGGUCUUGGAAAACACCAGAAGACCCCUUCGUGGCGAAGAAAAGAGCGACAUUGAAGCUGCUUGCAAUGAGUUUGUUGCUGAAGUUGGCAAACAUGGUGUAAUGUUUAACAAAAAAUUUGCUAUCAAGGCUGUCAGUUAUGACCGGGUUGAAAAUUUAACGAGAGAAAUUGUUUCAAUUAUGAAACCUUUACAAGCCAGCACAGAUUAUGUAUUAACAAUCUUGAAUCAAAAAGAAAAAGCAAUAUAUGCUGCUGUUAAAACUGCACUUGAUAGAGACUUGGGUAUUUUGAAUCAAUGCACUAUUGGUAACAAAUUCGCCAGGAGAAAGUUUGGCAAAUUUGAUAUUCAAAUGUAUGCAUUGAUGAGCAUGAAAACAUGUAUCAAGUUGGGUGGUGCUAACCACGUUUUGUCAAGUGCUGACGUUGGUAAGUUAGUUGUUAAUGGCUUGCCAGCAUUACUUCUUGGAGCUGAUGUUACCCACCCAACCAACAACUCGAAUGGUACUUCCAUUGCAGCAGUUGUUGGAUCUGUUGAUGCUAAGUUUAAUAGUUUUCCUGGUUCUAUCUCAGUUCAGCAGCAAAAACAAGAAACCAUUCAAGAAAUGUCAAAGAUGUGUGUUGAAAGAAUAUUGGCCUAUCAAAAGUCUGUUGGUGAAUUGCCACAAACUGUCCUGUUUUACAGAGAUGGUGUCUCUCUUGGUCAAUUUAACAUCAUCUUGGAUGAGGAGGUGACUGCAGUCAAAAAUUCCUUCAGUGUUGUUGCAAAUAGACUGGGAGUCAAAUUUGACCCAAAGCUAACUUUCAUUACCCUUUUAAAGAGCCAUAAUACUCGUUUCUUCCCAUUAGAAACGAAUGCGAAGAACGAAGCAGACAAAAUGGUCGCAGUUGCAGCUCAAGAGAAUAUAUUACCGGGCUCUGUCGUUGAAAAGGGCGUAACAUCCAGAAGUCUUUACGAUUUCUUUCUCCAGUCACAGCAAGCAUUACAAGGUACUGCAAUUCCUGGACACUACUAUGUUUUAUAUGACGAAAACAAAUGGACUCCAGAUGAAUUGCAAAAAGUCACAUACAAUCUCUGUAAUGUAUUUGGUAGAGCAACUAAGUCUGUUAGAGUUGUUCCACCAGCAUAUUAUGCAGAUUUGCUGUGUGAAAGAGCAACCUGUUUUGUUCAAGGUGCUGUAGUAGGAAGAAAUCAAAACCCUGUUGAUGCUAUAAAAAAGGCUAUGGGUUCCGGUAUUAACAAGAACGUGAGCGGGAGAAUGAUUUAUAUUUAA